ACUAAGGAUUACACUUAUGGAGCUGACCAAAAUGCAAAACAACAACAACAACAUGGAAACUGAUUCAGAAAAGCCAGACGUUAUCAAAGAAUUUCUGUGCUCUAAUUGUGGACUGAAAGUAAAAUACGACUAUUUUGGAACAAAGCCACCUUUUGCCAAGUCACUUUUGUUAAUGGAAGACACCUUUGUUAUGAAAGACCCAUUUUCAUCAGAAGUAGGGAUUAUCACUCUUGGAUCCCAUUGUUCAUUAUGUCAGAAGUCAGUGUGUGCAUCUCAGGAUUGCAGUAUAUUCUACACAAAAAGAUUCUGUAUGAAGUGUGUUCAUGACAACAUAGAAGAAUUUCCCAAUGAAAUAUAUCAGGAACUCAAGAAUCGCAAGUUAAAGGGCAAAACCUAGCAUGGCCAGCUUAUCUGAUAACAUGUACUUUGUUGGAUUUGAUAUCCAUUUAAAAAAUAAACAUAU